AUGAAAACAUCUAAAUACGGAUCGCCUGCUGACAACUCUCAGAUCACAAUCUACUCGGAGCCCGGUUACAGCGGCACCAGCGUACACUUUAGCAACGACGCCACGUGCCACACCCUCCCUGGCUAUGCGCCCAUCUACUCCGUCGAAAUGUCGGGCUCUGUUCAAGCUUGCAUGCUGUUCUAUCUAACUCUGAGCUAUCCGGAAGCCAUCGCUCAAUUCGGUGCCGAUAAGAUCUUUGCACCGUUGACGAUUAUCCCCCUCCCCACAUUUUUUGGUGUCGUCUGGAGAGCGGGUUGA